AUGCCUUCAAUGAGGGCCAUCAUAACUGGGGAGGUUAUGUAUCUUUAUGGUGGCAUAUAUCAACUUGAUGUGCACAAAGCUUCACUGCAUAUUGAGAUUUAUGGCUGGGCGAGUUCUGUUUCAUUUGAAAUGGUUAAAAUGUAUAACCAUAGGAAACUGGCAUCAAUGAUGCAAUCCAUAGUAAUGUCCAUGAGCUUGCCCGUGGCAGAGAGGGCGUUGUUUUUAUGGAACAACGAUCAUAUCGAGAACCUAAUCAAACAAAAUCGUAAAGUUAUACUGCCAAUUAUCUUUCCUUCCUUGGAGAAGAAUGUGACAAACCACUGGAACCAAGCAGUGCGGAGCUUGACACUAAAUGUCCGGAAAAUCUUCUCCGAUGUUGAUCCCGAGCUCUUUGAGGAGUGUUUGCUCAAGUUCCAAGAAGAUGAAGCAAGAGAAAAAGAAAUGGAGACAAAGCGUGAAGCAACAUGGAGGCGCUUGGAAGAAAUUGCUGCAAUGAAAGCUGCCAGCAACGAACCAGUGCUCGUCCCUAGCAAAUUCAAAGCCAACUCACCAUCUGGUCAAAAACUAUGA